AUGCUGACGCAAGGAAUAUUUGACAGUUUCCUGAGAAUAGCGGCUCCAGGCUGCGAAGUUGUAUCAGCGCACAUAAAUGGGGCAUUACUUUGCCUUCUGAUUGUUGUGAUUUCACUGUAUCUCGUGACCAGGCACCGAUCCACCAAGAAAAAACUCCCCUAUCCCCCAGGCCCAUGGGGAUUUCCCGUUGUGGGUCACCUACCCUUGUUGGGAAGAAACCCGCUGGAAACUUUGAAGAAGUACCGUGCUCAGUAUGGAGACAUAUUCAGCAUACAGAUGGGCAGUUACCCCGCAGUUGUCCUCAAUGGCAUAGAUGUCAUCAAGUCUGCGUUAACAGUUCGUCCCGAUGAUAUUGCUGGCCGGCCGAAGCUCUAUACCGCAAACCUACGAUCAGAAUUACGAGGAACUAACGGACUGGCAUUCUCAACUUACGACCGUGCUUGGAAGGUCCACCAUCGCAUUGCUAACAGCGCACUAAGAAUGUUUGCUGGCUACAGAAAUAACCCUGUUGAAGAAACUAUCUUAGAAGAGAGCGGCCGAUUGGUUGAUUACCUAUUGAAACAAAAUGGCCGUCCCUUCGAUCCGAGGGAGGAGACAGCUCUCUGUGCAGGGAGUGUGAUUUAUCAGAUUCUUUUUGGAAGGCACUCUAAUAUUCGGGAGGACAGAAACUACUGCAGGAUGGUGAAGAGCCUGAAGGAUUUUGUUGAAUUCGCAAACGCAGGAAACCCUAUAGACGUCAUGCCGUGGACUAGGUACAUUUUUCCCGGCCGCCUUCGACGUUUUGUUGAAAUAACCGAAGUUGGAUUAGACGUGUAUAAACAACAAAUGAAGCGUCAUGCGGAGACAUUUGACCCCGCAGACAUGCGUGACGUCACUGACGCUUUAAUUCACGCGUCUGAGAAAAUCACGGAGGAGGAGAUAAAUCUAGGCCUGACUAGAGCAAGACUAAACGCGGUCAUAUCUGAGAUGCUUGGAGCGGGUUCCGAGACCGUGGGAACUACUUUACUUUGGUCCUUUGUCCGCAUGGCUACCUCUCCGGAAGCACAGGCAAAAGUCCACGCUGAAAUCGAUGGUCAUUUGGGGAGCUCGAGAAAUGCGACCUUUGAGGACCGACGUUCUAUGCCGUAUGUGGAAGCGACUAUUCUGGAGGUUCUACGAUUAGGUACCAUCACACCUCUUGGUAUCCCACACACGAACAUUCGUGAUGUGGAAGUGAAUGGAUACAGAAUUCCAAAGAAUACUUUUAUAUUGAUAAAUCUGGCAUCUACCUGCAACGAUCCUCUGGUUUGGGAAGAUCCGACGGCUUUCAAACCAGAAAGGUUUCUUAAAGAUGGCUGUGUGGAUACAUCAAAAGCUGACAUGCUUUUGAGCUUCGGAGCCGGUAGGCGGCGAUGUUUGGGCGAGUUUCUGGCUAAGGUGGAAUUGUUUGUAUUCUUUACCUCGAUCAUGCAGAGAUGCUCUUUCGCUAAAGCACCAGGGGAAGUUUACACUUUUGAUGCAACGUUUGGUCUUACAAUGAAACCAAAACCCUACAGAAUCAUUGUUAACUCAAGACCAAGCUAAUUAUGUAUAUUCUUUAUCCGUUUGUUUUGCCUACAUAUACAGUUCAUUUUAACAUAGAGAUUUAAUUAUAAAAUUUUGUUAAAAGUUACAAACGCAGAAUUGCCAUUUAUGGAUUUAAAUAGUAAAUCGAAAAUUUAGACAGAAGAAACGAAGCCUUCCCAUUGUUUUUUGAGCAUUUAGACACAUACAUUGUUUUCUUUUUACUUUUGUGGGUGGUGAAUGGUAAAUCCAAGUUGGAGAAGCUGUCUUUGUAAAUUUAUUAAUAAGCACGAAUAGGUAACACCUUUUAGAUAAGCUGGCUCUUAAAAUUUUUCGCCGGGAAUGCAUGUAUUUCAGUUUUUAUGCGGUAAAGUGAAGCUGACAUACGCUGCCAGCGAAAGCUCGUAAGAAUAUACCCCGGGGUUAGUUUGUAUUUUGCUACCCAAUUGUUGCUAUUACUUACUUGCAAGAACAAUGAAGUUUCUGUGAAAAUGAUAGGCCUAAAAAUGUAAAUGGCUUUUAUUUCCGGAGUUGAAAUAAAAAUAACCGACAAUGCUUCAUUUGAAGGUAUACAUUAUGAAAUAAAUCGU